AAAAAGCCGCUCCCAGCAACACGACACGUUUACGUGUCUCACUUCGUGAAGAUGUCUGUGCUACCAAUGUGUCUCUUGACCACGUUUUUAUCUCUCUUGGGCACUUUUGUCACGUCAGCAGCAGCAGAAGACCUUGGGGUCCUUUCCUUAAAAGACGGUACUAGUGAUUUACGCUCAAAGGUGGAUGUCAUUAGAGCCAAGACUUCAGAACUGAACGAGCUCCUGUCGUCUGUGCAAACUAGUCUUGAAACCUGCCUUGAUGAAACGACAACAGAUGUCCAGUGUGCAUCUGGCUUUGAGAAGUUCCAACGCUCGUGCUACAAGUUUGUGAGAGAGGAGAAGACGUGGCAGCAGGCACAAAAUGACUGUCGUGCCAUGGGGGCGAACCUGGUGUCCAUUAAGUCUUGGGAAGAACAGAAGUUUAUCCUGGACCACAUAACCGCACAUAAAGACCUGUUCCCGAGUGCUAUCGGAUUUCACGCUGGAGCAACAGACGCGGCAAUGGAAGGGAUUUGGCAAUGGAUUUCUGACGGAUCUUUGGUCCAAG